CCCACCAUAACGUUUAUAGAGCCUUUAAAAAGAUUGAAAAUUUAAUUUUACAAUUCGAACAUGUUUACGUUUAAGUUAACAAUCUUUUUCGUCGUAAUAUCCCUGGUCAGUGUAUUUGCACAAGAAUGUGGCAAGUGUGACGAUAAUGUGGAUGGAGCAGACGCUGCAGUUGGUAGUGGAGCAGCAGGAGGUGCAGGCACAAUUGGACGAAAUGGUUCACUGGGUUGUCCAGGAUGUCGGGGUGGUAAUGGAGGAAAAGGUGAUGGAGCAGGCGCUGGAGGAGCUGGAGCAGUUGGUGGAAAUGGAGGAGCUGGAAUUGGAGGAGGAAAAGGUGGAGCUGGUGGUCCAGGUGGUAAUGGUGGAAUUUCCGGAGAAUUAGCCGGAGCCGGUGGUGUUGGCGGAUUAGGUGGAAACGGCGGUGCAGGAGAACCAGCAGGAGAUGGUGGAAAAGGAGGUAAUGGCGGAUGUGCUCGUGGACCUACGGCAGGAGCUGCAGGAACUGGUGGAGCUGGUGGAAAUGGCGGUGCAGGAUCAGGAAAUGGUGGAGCCGGAGGUAGUGGUGGAAAUGGAGGAUAUUCAGGUAAACAAGGCGGAGGUGGUGGUAUUGGGGGAGCUGCAGGUGGUACAACAGCACAGAAAGGUGACCAUGGCAAGAGUGGCAUUAACUGUAACGCUCCAAUUAGCUCCCCGAUGUGUCAAUGUGGUUCUGCUUCUACAGAAGUUACUACUACUUCGAAACCUGAUGAUGGUGGACAUAACGGGAAUGGUUCUGCUUCUGCACCCGUUACUACUACUUCGAAGCCUUCGAAGCCUAAUGUUGGUGGAAAUGGUUCUGAUAAGCCCACACCUGUUUGUGGUUCUGAAAAGCCCACACCAGUUUGGGUUUCCAAAUCUACACCUGUUAAUGAUUGGAACAACGGAGGAUGUGAAAUUUGCAUAAAUGAUUGUGGCAGAUAUCAAUUUGUGAGACCGAAUGGACGUCAAUUCGUGAGACCGUGUUGAAAUCAAUUUGUGUCUACCUUAAUGUCAAACGAAGCUAAAUUUCUAUUUGAAUAAAAUUUAUCGUU